AUGGAAGAUUCAACCAUAUCUCCGUUUCGCAUAUCCGCCAGCUCAUCCCAGUGUCCAACCACACUUUACGACGACGUCGACGUGAUUGACGAAUUGUACGAGUUCUUUGGAAACGAGCUGGACUCUCGUAAUAUGGAUCUGGUGGUGGAGGCUGAUGUUCAAAAUCGAGAGCGUAUCCUAAGAGAGCUAUUCGACACAGAAGGACGUUACAUUGCAAAGAUUCAGGCAGCGCUUGAGUACUACAAAAAGCCAAUGAUGGGUAGUUUUCGCCAAAAUCCAAACGCGUCGGGUACGUCGUCUUCCUCAUUACCUCGCAACUUUCUAUCCUCAAACAAAUCCGCCGGCAUGGUCCGUGGCAACGACGUCGAGCUGGUUUUUGGCAAUCUUGAAGAUAUCCUCAGCAUCAGCCGUCGGUUCUUCAAUGGCCUCAAGGAACGAUUCCGUAUAUGGGGUCCCACGCAACUGCUAUCCGAUAUCUUUCGUACCUUGGUGCUUGACGCAUCAUCGUACUAUACGUAUUACGAAAACUACGGAAUCGCUAUGAGCGUACUGGAACGACUAGCACGCACCCCAGCCACCAAGAAACAUGUAGAGGCCAUACUUGACUCGACCGGCUCUGGUCAAAUAUCCUUGUUCUCCCUCUUAAGUUUACCGUUACAAUCAAUACCACGCUACGCACAGCUCAUGAACGAGCUCGUGCGAUACACCGAUCCACAUCAUCCUGACGCGCAACAAUUGAGCCAGUGCGCAAAACGAAUGACACGAUUAGAAGCUAAUAUCCGGCACUUGUUACACAACUGCCAGAACGUGAGCAGACUAGUCGAUAUGAUCUGUCUGGUUCGCAACUGUCCUGUGCUCCUGGAUGAGCCACGACAAUUUAUCAUGCGUGGCCAGCUGACAGGCGUCAGCACAGGCAGCUACAACCACCGUGACGACCGUCGGAUGUACUUUUUGUUAAGCGACUGCAUAAUUUUUGCACGGCCGCGUGAUGACAUGACUCCUUCUGCACUCUACUUUAAAGGAAAGAUCGAUUUACGAGACGCUACCAUUAAGGAGCUACCGAAAAAGAAGCUGAACCAUCCAUACUCCUUUGAAGUAUCCAUCAACUCGAGUGAUCCCAACUACAAAUACGCUGAUGACAUCGAUGCACUGCUAGCGGCGGCAGGCGGGUCUACUAUCCAGGUGUUCUACUUUAAGGCUGACUCGAAAGAAGCACUUGACAUGUGGGUGGGAGAAAUCCAAACCGUGAUCGACACGCUGAACACUCCUCAAAGGCGAUAA